UGCGGCCGGCGCCAUUUUCUCGAGCCGCCUGUUUCGGGUGCCGCCAUGUUGGUGAGGAGAAAUCACCGUUACGGCCACUGUCCAAAUCCCCGCGUCGCUGCACGCCGCCCGCCCGCUCCCACGCCACAGCCACCGGCGGCGAAUAGAGACUAGAGCGGCAGCGCCGGCAGCGCGGGGCCGUUGCCCAGUGUUUGCAGUUAGAGCCCCACCUCUCUGGCGUGGUUGUUAAUAGACUGGAAAGUCUGUGUCUGUGUCGCUCACUAGUAACCGUGAGUUUUUACCACUUCGUCACCUGUCGGCGGCGGCCGGGAGCAGGUUCCCGCAGGCGGCGCAGGGGUCUUCCCCGCGCCCCGUCGCCGCCGGCCUCGCAGACCUGCCCUCCAGCCCCGCCCCGUUCUUGACCAAACAUGACAGACUCUGAACAUGCAGGGCACGACAGAGAAGAUGGCGAAUUAGAAGAUGGUGAAAUAGACGAUGCAGGAUUUGAAGAAAUACAAGAAAAAGAAGCAAAAGAGAAUGAAAAGCAGAAAAGUGAGAAAGCCUACAGAAAAUCAAGAAAAAAACAUAAGAAAGAGAGAGAGAAGAAAAAAUCCAAAAGGAGAAAACGUGAGAAACAUAAGCAUAAUUCCCCAUCUAGUGAUGAUAGUUCGGACUACAGCCUUGAUUCAGAUGUUGAACAUACAGAAAGUUCCCAUAAAAAAAGAACUGGUUUCUACAGGGAUUAUGACAUUCCAUUUACUCAGCGUGGACAUAUAUCAGGAAGCUACAUGACAUCAAAGAAGGGUCAACAUAAAAAAUUUAAAAGUAAAGAAUAUGAUGAGUACAGCACCUACAGUGAUGACAACUUCGGUAACUACAGUGAUGACAACUUUGGUAAUUACGGUCAGGAAACAGAGGAAGAUUUUGCCAAUCAGCUGAAACAAUACAGGCAAGCUAAAGAAACCUCAAAUAUUGCUUUAGGGUCAUCAUUUUCUAAAGAAUCAGGGAAAAAACAGAGAAUGAAAGGAGUUCAGCAAGGUAUUGAACAGAGAGUUAAAAGUUUUAAUGUUGGCCGUGGACGUGGCUUGCCGAAGAAAAUCAAACGAAAAGAACGUGGGGGAAGAACCAAUAAAGGGCCUAAUGUAUUUUCAGUAUCGGAUGACUUUCAAGAGUAUAGUAAACCAGGGAAAAAAUGGAAAGUUAUGACUCAGGAAUUUAUUAAUCAGCACACAGUGGAACACAAAGGAAAACAAAUCUGUAAAUACUUCCUGGAAGGGAGAUGUAUUAAGGGAGAUCAGUGUAAAUUUGAUCAUGAUGCAGAGUUGGAGAAAAGAAAAGAGAUCUGCAAAUUUUAUUUACAAGGAUAUUGUACCAAAGGAGAGAAUUGCAUUUAUAUGCAUAAUGAAUUUCCUUGCAAGUUCUAUCAUAGUGGAGCAAAAUGUUACCAGGGAGACAACUGUAAGUUUUCCCAUGAUGAUCUAACUAAAGAAACAAAGAAACUUUUGGACAAAGUGUUGAAUACUGAUGAAGAACUCAUAAAUGAAGAUGAAAGAGAAUUAGAGGAACUUAGAAAGCGUGGCAUAACUCCUCUUCCCAAACCACCUCCAGGGGUUGGGCUUCUGCCAACCCCUCCAGAGCAUUUUCCCUUUUCUGAUCCUGAAGAUGAUUUUCAGACAGAUUUCUCUGAUGAUUUUAGGAAAAUUCCAUCUCUUUUUGAAAUAGUUGUAAAACCUACUGUGGAUUUAGCGCAUAAAAUUGGGAGGAAGCCACCAGCAUUUUAUAACAGUGCCUCACCACCAGGACCACAAUUUCAGGGAAGCAGUCCACACCCUCAACAUAUCUAUAGUUCUGGGUCAAGUCCAGGUCCUGGACCUAACAUGUCUCAGGGACACAGUAGUCCUGUGAUGCACCCAGGCUCCCCUGGACAUCACCCAUGUGCAGGACCUCCUGGUCUACCAGUGCCACAGAGCCCACCUUUACCACCUGGUCCACCUGAAAUUGUAGGUCCUCAAAAUCAAGCUGGAGUACUUGUUCAAUCAGACACAUCUUUGACACCACCAAGUAUGGGUGGGGCUUACCACUCCCCAGGCUUUCCAGGACAUGUGAUGAAAGUACCCAGAGAGAAUCACUGUUCUCCAGGUUCAUCAUACCAGCAAAGUCCUGGUGAAAUGCAGCUUAACACCAAUUAUGAGUCCCUGCAAAACCCAGCUGAGUUUUAUGAUAAUUACUAUGCACAGCAUCCUGUACAUAAUUUUCAGCCACCCAGUAACUCUGGUGAUGGGAUGUGGCAUGGCGAAUUUGCCCAGCAGCAGCCUCCUAUUGUUCAAGACUCACCUAACCAUGGGAGUGGGUCUGACGGCAGCAGCACCAGGACAGGCCAUGGCCCUCUGCCUGUAGCAGGCCUCCUCCCUGCGGUGCAAAGAGCUCUUUUUGUCAGACUUACUCAGAGAUACCAAGAAGAUGAAGAACAAACCAGCACCCAACCUCAUAGAGCACCAAGCAAGGAAGAAGAUGAUACAGUUAACUGGUAUUCCAGUAGUGAAGAGGAAGAAGGAAGCAGUGUCAAAUCAAUACUGAAAACAUUACAGAAACAAACAGAAACUUUAAGGAAUCAGCAACAACCUUCCACAGAACUCAGCACUCCUACUGAUCCAAGACUUGCUAAAGAGAAAAGUAAAGGAAACCAAGUGGUUGACCCUAGACUUAGGACUAUCCCAAGGCAAGACAUUAGAAAACCUUCUGAGUCUGCCCCACUGGAUCUUAGACUUGCGUGGGAUCCCAGGAAAUUGAGAGGGAAUGGAAGUGGUCACGUAGGCUCUUCUGUUAGUGGAGCAAAGUUUGAUUUGCAUCAUGCAAAUGCUGGCACUAAUGUCAAACACAAAAGAGGCGAUGAUGAUGAUGAAGAUACAGAAAGAGAACUGAGAGAAAAAGCUUUCUUAAUACCUUUGGAUGCCUCACCUGGCAUAAUGCUCCAGGAUCCAAGGUCACAAUUGAGACAGUUCAGUCACAUUAAAAUGGACAUUACUCUAACCAAACCCAACUUUGCAAAACACAUCGUGUGGGCUCCGGAAGACUUACUUCCAGUACCUUUACCUAAACCUGAUCCAGUGUCUUCAAUCAAUUUACCUCUGCCCCCACUUAUAGCUGACCAGAGGCUAAAUAGGUUAUGGAAUACCAAAAGUGAUCUUCAUCAAAACACAGUGUCCAUUGAUCCAAAAUUAGCAGCCAAAGCCAAAAUUAACACAACAAGCAGAGAAGGCUACCUAGAACAAUUUGGAGACUCACACAGUUCAGGAAGUAAAUUAGGAGAUCCUAGACUACAAAAGAAUUUUGAUCCUAGGCUUCACAGACUGUCCAAUACAGAGUCUCAUCAAGUGGUUAUGAAGGAUUCACAUACAUCAAAGGGUGCCCCUCACUUAGCCAGAUCAAACCCUGGUUUAUCACAGCCCUCAGGGGCAGGAGCUAGCAAUUCUGGUUCCGGGGCUCUGCCUCCAUAUGUCCCUAAACUCUCUUCCUCAGCUGGCCUUCCACUGGGAACUUCAACUUCAGUUCUUAGUGGUAUUAGUUUGUAUGACCCUAGGGAUCAUGGUUCAUCAUCCACAUCAGAACUAGCAACAGCUUCUUCAGGAGAAAACUCAAAGAACCAGAAAAAAAGUGGUGGCUUAAAAAGUAGUGACAAAAGUGAGCCUUCUCCUGGAGAAGCUAUCCUUCCACAGAAAACCAAUCCAAAUGUGGAAGUCACUCUUGAUGGGCCAGCUGACCCACAGGCAGAUGUUCCCAGGAGUUCUGGUAAGGUUCAGGUCCCAGCAGUGCACAGCCUUCCUGUUCAGGCAUUAACAGGCUUAAUUAGGCCACAGUACAGUGAUCCAAGGCAGGCAAGGCAGCCAGGACAGGGGAGCCCAACCCCAGAUAAUGAUCCCGGUAGAGAAACGGAUGACAAAUCUCUGAAAGAGGUUUUUAAAACUUUUGAUCCAACUGCUUCACCAUUUUGUUAGCUAUUGUGUAAUUGAGCAAUUCUUUUCACUCUUGUGACUAUCUCAGUCCUCUGCUGUUUUGUAACUGGUUUACCUCUAUAGUUUAUUUAUUUUUAAAUUAUAAACACUUUUCAGCUGCUAGUAUCAGAACCACAUGAAGUUAUAGCCUCUAAAGCCUGUGGUAUUUUAUAUAAUAUUUUUAUAACUUUAAGAGACUGUAGUAAUUGACCUAAAAACUUAUGUUAGCUUCAGUAAAAGUACUUUUAUUGUAAAUAAACAAUCAUGAACUCAACACUCUGCCUGAGUAUAUGCCAGUUGUCUUUCAUAAUCAAUGUUUAGAUAAAUGAUUGCCACUUUUUAUAUGGUUGUUUAGUUUCAAGCAAUAUGAUGUACAUUACUUUUGAGAAACAGUAUUUUGACUAGGACCUCUCUAUUUGUCAGCACAGAACUGAUUAAUAUGUAAUGCUAACUGCUAAUUAAAAUGUAAAAUCAAGUAAAAAAAAUUUUAAAAUUACAAUUAGCAGAGCAGUUCAUGUUUAAGGGCAUCACUUUUAUUAGUAUUGGCAAUAUUAUUUGUGUAAAUGAAGCAUUUGAAUGUCAUAUCUUUUUAAAGUAUUUUAUUGUAUACUGUAUCAUAGAAGUUGGAGGUAUAUAAAUAGAACAUUUUGCUAAAGUGAAAAAUUUCCAAGUUCCCUAGCAUAACUUUUUACAUUUAAUUUUUCAUAUGAAAUAGCAAUUAGUUACUGCUGUGUUACAUUGUGAUGUUUAUGUAUGUCAAUGUUUUUGUCUUUAGCAGCAUAAUUUAUAUUGCUUUUUCAAAUGAUGUAGCUGCAUUAAUUGUGUUCAUCAUGACUUUGGCGAUUUUUAACACAAUUUUUAAAGAUCCAGUGAGAGUCUGUAGUGAUUAUUACACGAAUAAUGUUUUAAAUGUCUAGGUUCUCUGUAUUUUUUUCUUAAAUAGCAAGAAAACACAGAUUGCUAGUAUAGUCAACAAUAUUUGGCUAUCAAUAAAGAAUCUCUUUCAGAUCUCA